AUGUCCCGCAAGUCGUCCUCCGGGCCCAAGAAGCCGCCAGCUGUGCCCCGUCCCAGCUCGAGCAUCAUGCUCCUGUCCCCAACCAACCAGCUCCUCCUGCUCCACCGCGUCCAAACGUCGUCGUCCUUUGCGUCAGCACACGUCUUCCCCGGUGGCAACCUCUCUGCGUUCCACGAAACUAUCCCUGCCGAGGGCUCGGCGGAGAGACACCUCGAUGGACCGGCGUACCGGAUCGCCGCGAUCCGCGAGACGUUUGAGGAGAGCGGUAUCCUCCUGUCCCAGGCCGAGGGCGAGGGGAAUGGGCUGCUGCAUCUGAGCGAGGACAUCGCAGAGGCCGGACGCAAGGCCAUCCACGGCGACAAGGUGCGGUUCACCGACUGGCUCGAGGGCGUGGGCGGCACGCCGGAUGUCGACAACCUCAUCCCAUUCACGCGCUGGGUGACACCCACCACCGUGCCCAAACGCUUCACGACCCAGAUGUACGUGUACAUGCUCCCCCUGUCCACCGACGUCGACUCGGAAUUGGUGGUCCACACGCCGACGCACGACGGAGGCCUGGAGCACACCGCUGCGCAAUUCGACGACGUCGCCACAUGGCUCUCGCGUGCCGACAAGGGCGAGGUGAUCCUGUAUCCUCCUCAGCUAUACCUCCUGACCCUGCUGGGCCAGUUCUUGACUGGAAAGGGCGACUAUGCGGCGCAGCGGGCCGCCCUCUCGGCCUUCCUCGCCAAGGUGCCCACCGGAGACCUCCCACACCCAACAGCCAACAUUAGCUGGGGCGACAAGUCCAUGUCUCCCGUCCCGAUCCCUAUCAAGCGGGCUGAUGGGCGGACGACUGUUGGCCUCGAUACGCCUGGUCCAGAGCUCGCGGGCAGUGGCCGGGGAGGAGAUUACGACCACGUGGUGGUGGUCAAUUUCGCCAAGAUUGGUUCGUCUAAGAUGGAGGUGAGGUCGAGGAAGGAGGUAUUGGCAGAGGCGGAGGCUGAGAAGGCCAAGCAGGCAAAGUUGUAA